UCUUUUUCCAGGCGAUCAACAACGAUCAGUGUGCACGGAUCCGGGCCACCCGGGCCUUCCCUUGCCCCCGAAGUCGAUGCGAGGAAACUCUUCCUUCGAGGUCAGCGGUCGUCCCUUGCCUGCAUCGAGCAAGUCCGCGCGCUCGAUACCGGCAAAACGCGGGCUUAUAGCUGGGCUAGUACUCUCUCUCUCUCUUUCUCAUCUCCGUCCUACACGCUGCCCGAUAAUCCUUCGAUGGGCGGGGGCGGGGGCAUCGUUAACGAUUCUUCGGGGGAAUAGAUAACGCAAGAAACUCCUUGAAAGUCGGCUCGGAUGUGGAUGGGGGCUCAAACGCAGUCCUGCGCGUCGAAGAAGGGAGGGGGUUGCCCGUGUUCAAUGGCCUUGGUGCUUCCUUGGGCCAGACGGUCGGUGCUGCCACACGACCGCGACGGCAGUGUACCACUGCCAUACCACAUAAGUACAUAAGGGCCUCCAGGAGACGCGGCCCCGCUCACGUCGGCGUUGUUGUUGAAGAAAAGGCGCGAGACCAGAGCCCAGUGUCGCGUCGAUUGUGGAGGCGCAUCGUGUGGCGCUCGCGGAGUCCGCUGGAACGGUCUUAUCGCAUUGUCCGACUCGCGACGCGACCACACCGGCGAUCCCUCAAAAAAAGCCCACUAAGAAGAUCCGCCCCUUCGCAUGCGCAGUACAAGUCUGAGAGAGAUAACUCAGAGACAGAUGGCACCAAGAGGGAGGGAUGGAGGGAGCGGUGCGCCCAGCGCCAGCGGACAUAUACCCCGAACGGGUAAGAAGGCCCGUCGAAAGGGUAAGGGUCCAAGGGGACCGGGACCAACUGACCAUGCCGGCGUUCAAAACGCGUCGCACACGCACGGACACAGGCACAGCACCGUCGCGAAGGUGUAGAGGGAAAGGAAGGAAGGAAGGAAGGGGGAGAGAGGGGCGCCGCUCUCGUAAAG